GCCAAAUCCAUCGGCUCGCCGUCUGCUCCCACCGCUCACGCCAUCCGAGCGGCUCAUCCCACUCUUUCCCCUCCCGCUCUUUCUUCGGUUUCUACCCAGCUGGUCUGAACUUUGUCACAGCUUCUUAUUUCCCUCGGACUGAUCAUUUUUAUCUCUUGACAACUCGCGACCGGCUCGCCCACAUACCUUACACCACACGCACCCUAUCCGACCGAUACACCACCAGUAGUUCCCGCCCCGCGCGAUGUCACUGAAAGCUGAACUGGAGACGUGGGCCGCGGCGCUCGCCGCCUAUGACAAGGAGGACUUUGAGCAGGCGCUCGAGCUCUUCUCCCGGAUCGCGGACUCGUCCAAGAUCCUCACAAACAUGGGACUCAUAUACGCGACGCUCGGCGAGCACGAAGCGGCGGUCCAGCACUUCAUCGAAGCGACGAACCUGGACAAGUACCUUGCUGUUGCUUAUUUCCAGUGUGGCGUGUCCAAUUUCCUGAUGAAUCGAUACGACCUUGCCUACAAUGACUUUGAGGAGGCUUUUCUGCGGUUGAGGGACAACCAGGACAUCAAUUACGAGCAGCUGGGCCUGAAGUUCAAGCUCUACUCGGCUGAGGUGCUCUUCAACAAGGGGCUGUCGCUCAUAUAUAUGGGUCAGCUCCCGGAAGGCAUGGCCAUCAUGCAGGACGCCAGGCGGGCUAAGGCCACUGACGAACACAACGUUAUCGACGAUGCGAUAGCGGAUCAAGGACAGGGUUACACUGUAUUCAGCAUCCCUGUCGGCGUGCUCUACCGACCUUCGGACAAGAAGUUGAAGAAUGCGGCUACGAAGGACUACAUGGGCAAGGCGAAACUCGUCGCCGCCAGCGAUGCCAACGACAUCACGACGGAAUUCACGGGCGCCUACCGCCUCAAGAAGGGUGUCUCCCCAGGUGGUAUCUUCAUCAACCGCGAUGAACCCGCCAACCUCGGCCGCAACGCCACCGUCCCCGCCCCCAUGAACCCCGAGCUCGAAGCCAACCGGGUCCUCACGCGCACGCGCACCGAAGUCGCUGCUCCCUCGCAGAUGGGUGCCGGCUUCGGCGGGUCGCCAGCGACCGUGGGGCGUAGCAACACGAUGCUCAGCGUCGCUCGGCCUUCGCCCAAUGCUUCGAUUGGAGGACCCGCUGCACCGGGCCCGGUCCCCAUCCGCGGCCUCAGCAUCAAGAAGGCAGACUCGCCUACGGGUCGCUCGCAGGCCGGUCCUCCCCCUCCGAUGCCUCCUUCGAAACCCUCUCCUCCAGUUGGUGCUCGUCAGACUGUCGCUACGGAAGACAUUUACGACGGUUACCUCGAUGCGUACACGGAUCCUACGCCGAGCAGGGCGCAGAGCCCUCCUACCGGCCCGGAACGUGUCGCUGCCUGGGCGCGCACGAAUGCGAACCCAGGGUACCCGCCUGCUGCGCGGUCCGCUCCUCGAAGCCAGUACGCACCAAGUUCUUUCGGUGGUGCUUCCGUGCGACGCCGGACGACCCGCCGGACCGUUCAGCGUGCGCCGAGUACCGCGCGUAUGACAAGUGCGUACGACGGCUACGAGGAAGAGGAAGGCUACGGCAGCGGCGAGUACGAGGACGGGCCGUUCGAGUUGGUGAAGAUCCGUGUGAAGUUGUACUACGGCAACGAUGUCCGCGGCAUGGCCAUCGAACCCUCGAUGCCUUUCGCCGAGUUCAUGGACCGGGUAACCGCCAAGUUCAAUCAAUCGGUACAAACCAUGCGCCUCAAAUUCAAGGACGAGGACGGCUCGAAGGUGACCCUUCAAGACGACAGCGACUAUGACCUUGCCAUCGAGACCGCGCGAGAGAGCGCGAAGGGGAAACCCGAGGGAAAGCUCGAGAUCUGGUGCACGGAUGCUUAGACGAGUAGCCCAUGACGCUGCCCCCUCUCCCUGUCCGCACAUUCCACUCACUGCGCUUAUCAUCUAUCAUCAUCUAUGCGGACCUUCAUCUGUGACAUUUGGGCUUUUCGGGUUUCUACUUCGCUGUCGCAUUUCUACCCUAACUGGACUUAUCGGUCGCUUGUUGUAUAAUACCCGUAAUCCUAUGAUUCCUCUCCGAGGCGACAAACAAACACGUAACACACUGUAUAUAGACCUCUCCUCGCCUACAAAAUAGAAGGUUGCCAGAGAGCGUC